UCUACUUUGAGUUUUUGCUUCAACAGCCGCACUGCUUCUCUCUCCUUUCUCUCUCUACAUCUCUCUGUGUGUGAAUAUGUAUGUGUACGCCUCCAUCGGCUCCUCCAUUACCGCUGCUGUAAUCGCUGCCAUCGCCGCCGCGGUGUAGGUUUUUCUAGAGCUGGAUUCUCUCUCUUCGCCACUCCCCGUAACCUUACGCCGUUCUUUCACCGGUUUCGUUGAUUAAUCCACCGCCACUCCCCAGACCUAAAUCUCUCUGUUUCCCUCUCUCCCCUUUUUUCACUCCUUUUGUAGUUUAUUCAGAACUGAAAGUUGAGAAAAAGACCAAGCUUUUGAAAUUAAUCAACCGCAACUUCAUUAGGGUUGUCUAGGGUUCGGUUCCUGUUAUGAGUUGCCCUCCCAAAUCUGUUCGAUUGGGGCAAGGCUGAAAUAAUAAGAAGAGGUGGAGGCGUUUUUUAUGGCAUUGGGGGAUUUGAUGGCGGCAUCUCGGUUUUCACAAUCAACGGCGGCCGUGUCGAACCACCUGGUUGAGUUUUCCGCAAAUGGGAAUCACGUGGAGGAGGAUGGAGAGAGGAGCCUGAACAGCAGUAAUAGCAUUGGUAAUACUAAUGCUCGGGAUUUGUCAGAGACUGCAAGCAGUAGCUAUGCCGUGAUGACCUCUACGACUAGCAUGGCAUACUUGCCACAGAAUGUAGUGCUGUGUGAACUCCGGCAUGAAGGGUUCGAGGAAUGUGUGCCCUCAGGCCCAUCUGACAGUGGAUUGGUCUCCAAAUGGAGGCCUAAGGAUCGGAUGAAGACAGGAUGUGUUGCCCUUGUUUUAUGUUUAAACACUAGCGUUGAUCCACCUGAUGUCAUAAAGAUAUCUCCUUGUGCCCGGAUGGAGUGCUGGAUUGAUCCAUUUUCGAUGGCACCUCAAAAGGCAAUUGAAACAAUUGGAAGAACCUUGAAUCAACAGUAUGAGAGAUGGCAGCCUCGGGCUCGUUAUAAGAUUUCAUUAGAUCCUACUGUUGAUGACGUCAAGAAACUUUGUACCACGUGUCGCAAAUAUGCGAAAUCUGAGAGAGUUCUGUUUCACUAUAAUGGACAUGGUGUGCCAAAGCCAACUGCUAAUGGUGAAAUUUGGCUAUUUAAUAAGAGUUAUACUCAGUACAUCCCUUUGCCAAUCAGUGAUCUGGAUUCCUGGUUGAAAACACCCUCAAUAUAUGUUUUUGACUGCUCUGCUGCUGGGAUGAUUGUUAAUGCCUUUGUUGAGCUCCAGGACUGGACUGCUUCAAGUUCUGGACCAUCCACAAGGGAUUGUAUUUUGCUGGCAGCCUGUGAAGCUCAUGAGAUACUCCCUCAGAGUGCUGAAUUUCCAGCUGAUGUAUUUACUUCCUGCCUGACCACACCCAUAAAAAUGGCUUUGAGAUGGUUCUGCACUCGCUCGUUGCUUCAUGAGUCCAUUGAUUACUCGCUCAUUGAUAAAAUUCCGGGCCGCCAAACAGACCGGAAGACCCUUCUUGGGGAGUUGAACUGGAUUUUCACAGCAGUGACUGACACAAUUGCCUGGAAUGUUCUUCCACAUGAUCUGUUUCAGAGGUUGUUCAGACAAGAUUUGUUAGUUGCCAGUCUUUUUCGAAAUUUUUUGCUCGCGGAAAGAAUAAUGCGCUCCGCAAACUGUUCGCCAAUUUCAUAUCCAGUGUUGCCUCCUACUCAUCAACAUCACAUGUGGGAUGCAUGGGACAUGGCUGCUGAAAUAUGUCUUUCUCAGCUUCCAACUUUGGUUGAGGACCCUAAUGCAGAGUUCCAGCCAAGUCCAUUCUUUACCGAGCAGUUGACAGCUUUUGAGGUGUGGCUUGAUCAUGGAUCACAGUAUAAAAAACCACCGGAGCAGUUGCCAAUAGUUCUUCAGGUUUUACUUAGUCAAUGCCAUAGAUUUCGUGCUCUGGUACUUCUUGGUAGAUUUCUUGAUAUGGGGCCUUGGGCAGUGGAUCUGGCCUUAUCGGUGGGGAUAUUUCCUUAUGUGCUAAAGCUUUUGCAAACAACCAAUCCAGAGCUGCGGCAAAUACUUGUAUUUAUUUGGACAAAGAUCCUUGCACUAGAUAAGUCUUGCCAGGUCGAUCUAGUGAAGGAUGGCGGACAUGCAUAUUUCAUUAGGUUUCUUGAUAGUGUAGAAGCAUAUCCAGAGCAACGUGCAAUGGCUGCGUUUGUUUUGGCAGUCAUUGUGGAUGGUCACAGGCGGGGUCAGGAAGUCUGCAGUGAAGCUGGCUUAGUAAAUGUUUGCCUGAAGCAUCUUCAGGCUUCAUCUCCUAAUGAGGCACAAACUGAUCCUCUAUUUCUUCAGUGGCUAUGUUUGUGCUUGGGGAAAAUGUGGGAAGAUUUUGCAGAGGCACAAAUAAUAGGUUUGCAGGCGGGUGCCCCUUCUAUUCUUGCAUCCCUACUAUAUGAGCCCCAACCUGAGGUCCGGGCUGCAGUUGUUUUUGCUCUGGGCACUGUACUUGACUUUGGGUUCAACACAUCUAGGGAUGUUCUUGGAGACGAAGAUUGUGAUGAUGAUGAAAAAGUUAGUGUUGAAACUGGAAUUGUUAAGAGCCUCCUAAAUGUUGUUUCUGAUGGAAGCCCAUUGGUGCGGGCCGAAGUUGCUGUAGCUCUGUCACGUUUCGCCUUUGGCCACAAUAAACACCUAAAGUCAGUCGCUGCUGCAUACUGGAAGCCCCAGUCUGGCUCUGUACUCACUUCCUUUCCUUCUUUUGCUGUGAAGGGGUCUGGGAGUGGUUAUUCAACUCCUACCCACAGUCAAUCAGUAGCUCGUGAUGGGAGAGUUUCCACCAGCAGCCCUCUUGCUUCUGCUGGAAUAAUGCAUGGAUCUCCUCUUUCUGACGAUUCAUCUCAGCAUUCUGAUUCUGGCAUGCUGAAUGUUGAUGCAGUUGUUAACCAUACAAGGUCUAAACCACUAGACAAUGCAUUGUAUUCACAAUGUGUAUUGGUUAUGUGCACUCUGGCAAAGGAUCCAUCGCCGCGUGUUUCAAGCCUUGGGCGAAAAGUGUUAUCUAUCAUUGGCAUUGAGCAAGUUGUUGCAAAAUCCACAAAGUCUAUUGCUAGAAGUGGUCGGCCUGGUGAAUCAACUAUUAAUCCAAACUCUAAUCUAGCUGGACUAGCUCGUUCAUCUUCUUGGUUUGAAUUGAAUGGAGGACAUUUGCCCCUGACAUUUAGAACUCCUCCAGUCAGUCCUCCUAGAUCGAACUAUUUGACAGGAAUAAGAAGAGUUUGCUCCUUGGAAUUCAGGCCACAUCUGAUGAAUUCUCCUGACUCAGGGUUAGCUGAUCCACUUUUAAGUUCUGCUGGACCAUCUGGAAUUUCCGAACGAAGUUUUCUUCCUCAAUCAACCAUCUAUAAUUGGAGUUGUGCUCACUUUUCAAAGCCACUUCUUACUGUAGCAGAUGAUAGUGAAGAUAGAAGAGAACAGAGGGAAAAACAGGCCCUGGACCAUAUAGUGAAAUGUCAACACACUUCUGUGAGCAAACUUCACAAUCAAAUUGCCAGUUGGGAUACAAAAUUUGAGACUGGAACUAAGACUGCGUUGCUGCAGCCAUUCUCACCUAUUGUGAUUGCUUCUGAUGAGAACGAAAUGAUUAGGGUAUGGAAUUACGAGGAAGCUACUUUGCUUAACAGCUUCGAUAACCAUGAAUACCCCGACAAAGGUGUUUCAAAAUUAUGUCUUGUAAAUGAGCUCGAUGAAAGCCUGCUUCUUAUUGCUUCGAAUGAUGGAAACAUCCGAGUCUGGAAAGACUAUACUUCAAAAGGGCAGCAGAAAUUAGUUACUGCAUUCCCUUCAAUUCAGGGUCACAGACCUGGAGUGCGCAGUGUGAAUGCUGUUGUUGAUUGGCAGCAGCAGUCUGGAUAUCUCUUUGCUUCGGGGGAGAUUUCGUCUAUUAUGGCUUGGGAUCUGGAUAAAGAGCAACUUGUAAAUACCAUUCCAUCGACCUCAGAUUGCAGUAUCUCAGCAUUGUCUGCAUCCCAAGUUCAUGGAGGUCAAUUCGCUGCUGGUUAUGUGGAUGGAUAUGUCAGAUUAUUUGACAUUCGCACACGUGAAAUGCUUGUCAGCGCUACCCAACUACACAAGCAACGAGUAGAGAGAGUUGUGGGGAUUGGCUUCCAACCUGGACUUGAACCGGCAAAGAUCGUUAGCGCAUCGCCGGCUGGUGAUAUACAGUUUCUUGAUUUAAGACGUGGCAAGGAUGCAUACCUUACAAUUGAUGCUCAUAGAGGAUCUCUUACAGCUUUAGCUGUUCAUAGGCAUGCACCCCUUGUAGCAAGUGGCUCAGCUAAGCAACUUAUCAAAGUCUUCAACUUGGAGGGUGGGCAAUUAGGUACUAUUCGGUAUUACCCUACUUUCAUGGGCCAAAAGAUAGGAUCGGUUAGCUGUCUUACAUUCCACCCCUAUCAAGCACUGCUUGCUGCUGGAGCUGCCGAUGCCUGCGUUUCGAUUUAUGCAGACGAGAUCUCUCCAUCGAGAUAAAAAUGCACACAACUCUAUGAUCUUGAGUCGAAGCUUCAACCAAGUUAAACAGCAGUGCAAUUGAAAUCUUUUACACAAUCAGCGUUUGAAGGGUACAUUUGAAGGUGUAUAAUACAUUUGAAGUUCCUUGUUGAUGGUGUAUAAUAUAUUUAUUCUGCCUCCUCUUUACAAAAUGAAGAAUCAACAAAUUCCUUGGGAGGCUUUGGCAAAUAAACUGUUUUAUAGGGGAAAAUCUGUAAAUAUGUUUUUUUAUUAUUUCUGCUUUUGGAUUAGUGUGCUAACUUUUUUCCUGUUUCAGUC